AUUCUCAGCAUUAAUGUGGAGUGUAGACAUAAGCAUAUAACAUAUCAUUUAAUCAUCACAAUGAAGUGUCUAGUGUCUACUCUAUCCUAAGUACACUGCAGAUUGCAGAUAUCUAAAAGGAUCAGAAUGAAGCCUCUUCAAGUGACACAAGCACAACAAGACCCUCAGAGUCACACCGAUUGCAUUGAUCAAGCUUCAGACAAAAGCAUAGUAGUUCCCAACAAACAUGUCACAAUAGCUGAUAGCUUCAAAGGCGAACAUUCAUGGUUCAUCACUACUCAUAUCCCAACAGACUUUUCAAUUCAAGUCCAAGAAACCACCUACAAUGUUCACAAGUUCCCAUUGAUCUCAAAAUGUGGCUACUUAGGAAGAUUGGAAGUCCAGCCUUUGAUCUCGAAUUCUGGCAAGGAGCUCAACCUCGAAAACUUUCCAGGUGGAUCCAAGACAUUUGAAACAAUUCUAAAAUUCUGCUAUGGCUUCCCUAUAGAUUUCAACCCAGAAAAUGUGGCUGCACUGAGAUGCGCAGCGGAAUUCCUAGAGAUGACCGAAGAACUAGAAGAUGGAAAUCUCAUUUCCAAGUCUGAAGCUUUCCUAACAUUUGUUGUGCUCGCUUCAUGGAAAGACACCAUCACUGUACUGAAAUCUUGCGAAACUUUAUCUCCAUGGGCUGAGAACCUCCAAAUUGUCAGAAGAUGUUGUGAUUCCAUUGCUUGGAAAGCUACUAAAGAUGAACUCACUUGCGAAGAUGCAGCACCUAAUCAAGAGACCUGGUGGUUCAAUGAUGUAGCCGACUUCCGCAUCGAUCACUUUAUGCGGAUCAUUUCAGCAAUAAGGGCGAAAGGAACUAAACCAGAGAUCAUAGGUAAAUGUAUCAUGCAGUAUGCAAAGAGAUGGCUACCAGGAAUGGAUAUGGAGUUAGAAGGAAUAAGAGGAUAUGGUCAUGGAAAAAGUAGCCUAGAGUUCAGUAUUUUUACUGGGAGAAAGAAAGAAAGCACAGGACACAGCAAGGAUCAAAGGACAAUUAUUGAAAACCUAGUCAGCAUAAUUCCCCCUCAGCAAGGAGCUGUGUCAUGCAAAUUUUUGUUGCAGAUAUUAAAGCUGGCAAGGAUGUAUUCUGUAUCGCAAGCUCUGACUUCAUAUCUGGAAAAGAGAAUUAGUACGGUUUUGGAAGAUGCUGAGGUGAAUGAUCUUUUAAUUCCAAGAUAUCAAAAUGAAGAAAUGGCCAACAUGCCUAAUUCUUCAGAUGAAUGCACUAUGCACGACGUAGAUGUAGUGCAACGAAUUGUGGAAUACUUCUUGAUGCAUGAACAACAGCAAAUGCAACAGCAACCAAAGUUGGCGAGAUUUAACAUUAGCAGGCUCUUGGACAAUUACCUAGCUGAAAUUUCAAGAGAUCCAAAUCUUUCAAUUACUAAGUUCCAAGUUUUAGCUGAAUUGCUACCUGAAAACACUCGAACAUGUGAUGAUGGUCUAUAUAGAGCCAUUGACACCUAUCUCAAGACCCAUCCUUCACUGACAGAACAUGACCGUAGAAGACUAUGCAAAACAAUGAAUUGUGAGAAACUUUCACUUGAUGGGUGUACACAUGCUGCACAAAAUGAUAGACUGCCUCUAAGAACCGUUGUACAGGUUCUAUUUUCAGAGCAAGUAAAGAUGAGAGCCGCAAUGCAAGAGAAAGAGCAAGAACAAAGUGGAAUUAAUUCUGAACAGGAUGAAAACCAAACAUCUGCAAGUAUGGACAUCAAAACACUCAAAUCAGAGCUUGAGCACGUAAAGUCCAAGAUGAUAGAACUGCAGAAAGAUUACUUCGAAUUGCAACGGGAAUAUGAAAAGUUGAACAAGCCGAAAAAUUCAACUGGCUGGAGUUUAAAUUGGAGGAAGAUUAAAAACUCAUUUCAUGUAAAACCAGCAGGAGAUGAAAUUGGAGAUGAACAGGAUGUACCAAAGUCACCAGAAUCUGUUCAACAAAAAGGAACCCCUAGAAGAAGGACCUCGAUGUCUUAAAGUAUUUCAACAAACGAAGAAAAAAAUCUCGUGUGAGAAAGACUUCUCUAGCCAUUUUUUGUAUGAAACAUAUAGAUUAAAUUACGUACCUAAAUUUAUUAUGGACUCCGAAGACAGAAAAGUUCCUUGAUACUUGCAUACACAAACAAGUAAUAGAUGCUUAAUAAGAAAAUGAAAUUACUUUCUGAA